GACAACUACUGUGUAGCUCAGUGGACGGUUAGCGUUGCUGUACGCUUCCACUCCGCGAGUUCGCGUAAUGUCACGUUGAUGUUGGUGGUGGUGAUUGUGAUGAUGAUGAUGAUGAUUUGUAGAACUUGAACCCUAAUCGAUCAAAUAAGAUCCAGCACACCGGAAUCGAAAAUCAAACAACCAAAGCUUGCUCGCGAAGCUAAUAGAAAGCUGCUGCUGAAUCGCCAUGGAGGUUGUUGAGAAACGGAUCUGAGUGUUUUUUCCGGUUCUCGUGACGAAAGAAAGAGAGAUCUGGAAAUAAGCGAUGGGUUACGGAUUGGCGAUCUAUGAAGGCGCGGUGGUGAUGGCGUCACUGUGUCUGUUGGGAUGGGCAGGUCUAUGGUUCCUGAAUCGGCGACUAUACAAGGAAUACGAAGAGAAGCGAGCUUUGGUUCAGAUCAUUUUCAGCAUCGUCUUCGCCUUCUCUUGUAACUUAUUGCAGCUCGUUCUCUUCGAGAUCAUACCUGUGCUCUCUAGAGAGGCAAGGAUGGUGAACUGGAAGGUGGAUCUCUUCUGUUUGAUACUGCUUCUCGUUUUCAUGUUGCCCUAUUACCAUUGCUAUUUGAUGCUUCGUAAUUCUGGUGUAAGAAGGGAGCGUGCCUCUGCUGCGGCUUUCUUAUUCUUGACAGCAUUCCUUUAUGCUUUCUGGCGUAUGGGAGUUCAUUUUCCUAUGCCUUCUUCAGAUAAAGGCUUUUUUACCAUGCCUCAGCUGGUCAGUAGAAUUGGGGUCAUUGGUGUGACCUUAAUGGCUGUCCUAUCAGGAUUUGGAGCUGUAAAUUUGCCCUACAGCUAUAUAUCCCUCUUCAUUAGGGAGAUUGGAGAAGCAGAUAUAAUAUCUUUGCAAAGGCAGCUGAUGCAGUCAACUGAGACAUGCAUAGCAAAGAAGAAGAAAAUUAUUUUGUAUCAACUGGAGGUGGAACGAAAUCUAGGAUCAGAAGAGAAUCAAAAACGUAGCUCUUUCUUUAGAAGAAUUGUUGGGACUGUUGUGCGAUCGGUUCAAGAUGACCAAAAGGAGCAAGACAUAAAAAUAUUGGAGGCGGAGGUGGAAGGCUUAGAAGAGUUGUCAAAGCAGUUAUUUUUGGAAAUAUAUGAGCUACGCCAAGCAAAGGAUGCUGCUGCCUUCUCUAGAACUUGGAGGGGUCACGUGCAGAACUUACUUGGGUAUGCAUGUUCCAUUUAUUGUGUGUAUAAAAUGCUGAAGUCUCUACAAAGUGUUGUCUUCAAGGAGGCUGGUACAAAAGAUCCUGUUACAAUGAUGAUCAGCAUAUUCUUGCGGUGGUUUGAUAUAGGAGUAGAUGCCGCCUUGCUCUCACAGUAUAUUUCCCUGUUGUUUAUUGGGAUGUUGAUUGUGAUUUCUGUAAGGGGAUUCUUGACGAAUUUGAUGAAGUUUUUCUUUGCAGUGUCGAGAGUGGGAAGUGGUUCUUCAAGCAAUGUUGUGCUUUUCCUAUCUGAAAUCAUGGGGAUGUACUUUUUGUCUUCCAUUCUUCUUAUCAGAAAAAGCUUGAGAAAUGAGUACAGGGGAAUCAUAACGGAUGUAUUGGGUGGAGAUAUCCAGUUUGAUUUCUAUCAUCGAUGGUUCGAUGCAAUUUUUGUGGCUAGCGCCUUUCUUUCUCUCCUUCUGCUUUCUGCACACUACACUUCUAGGCAAUCUGAUAAGCACGCCAUUGAGUAAGCUUGGCCUACACAAAGCUUAAAAUCAAGUUAUUACUAGUAACGGUUGCAUAAUGUGUGGCUUAUUCUCUUGGCUAUUUGUUUAUUGUUGACACUUCUGAGAGAGAGAUUUUAGCUAAUCGGUUCGAAACUCCAUACAUACACAUGCACUCUUAUACCAUUAAGUAAUAUAUUAUUAUUGACAUUUAGUUA